UUCUAAAUUCUUGAAGAUUCCUACCGGUCAGUGGUAAGGCUUCAUUGGUCUUUCACUCUGCACUAAAGGGCAAAUUGCCUGUGUGUUAACACUUACUUCAGGGUGAAACUUUUCCACGAACGUCCUCCGGUUUGCUUGUUGUCCAGAAAAGCUUAAAGACUCACGCAGCCCAGCCAGGAGACGCCAAAUUGUCGUGAACAUUAGACAACACUCGCAGACUCGUCCUCUGAAGAAUUUGAUAAGCCAUGGAGGAUAAUGCCUUGGGGGUGCAAACGCUUCUUGGAGGAAAAACUGAGGAACUUUGAGCUCUGCAGUACUGAUGUUAAGUUUGUCAGGAUUCUGGUUGUUGGUGAAGUUGGAGCAGGAAAGUCCAGCUUCAUUAAUGCAGUAAAUAAUGCUUUCCAAGAGCGAAUCACCAGUGGGGCUCUUGUUGAUGGAAGAUCUGGAACCAGUUGCACAAAAAUUUACAAAACCCAUCAUAUCAAGGGGAAGGACGGCUCCCGUUUACCUUUUGUGUUCAAUGACGUCAUGGGACUUGAAUCUGCCAAUGGACAAGGCGUACAUGUAAAGGACAUCAUCUCAGCCUUAAAGGGGUUUCUUGAGGAAGGAUAUAAAUUUAAUCCUGUUACUCCCACGUCUCAGAAUGACUCCAACUACAACAAAAACCCCAAAACUUCUGAUAAACCCUUCUGCCUGGUCAACAUUAUACCUGCAAACAGAGUGUCACUCAUGUACCAAAAGCUUAUUAAAAAGAUGAAAGAGAUCCGUGAGGUGGCUUCAGAGUAUAGUAAGUCCUGUUAUUAUAGUUUAGAAUCAUCUCGAAAUGUUUUUUUAUAGUGGCACAAUUAUUCCCCAAAAACAUACCAUAGUGUUUGAUUUGGUCUGAAGGUGUUGAUUGUUUUUCUAUAUCAGCAGCCCUGACUGUAGUUCUGACUGCAAAGCAAAUCACAAGUUUAGAUUAAUCCGUUCGUUCUAAUAGUUUCUAUAGUAACAACUCACACAGGGACUUUUAUUUGUUCUAUGGAAGGAGUCUCCAGUUUCAACACUUUGUA